GCCUUUUUUUCGUUUACCACACAUGACCCAGAACCCUAGAGAGUGAUAUGAGAGAAUUCAUCCUCGAUUUUGAAUACAUCGCCGAAGGAUUCUGUUGGUACUUUCUUCUUCUCUUUGACUUCUUUUCUGACCACUUCAUCGCAAUUUCUCUCUUCUUCUUUUCCCUAAUCACAGACUUCUCCUCUUUCCUCUUCUGUCUCAAUUUGAUUUCUUAAACAACAAAAGAUUACUCCUUUUAAGUUCCGUAUGGGUUCAAUCAAGAACACAGUUCACUUCUGUUGUGUCUCUAGAGACAAUCAGAUUCUCUACGCUUACAACGGCGGAGACAAAAGCAACGAGUCUCUGGCGGCUUUGUGUUUGGAAAAGACUCCGCCUUUACACAAUUGGUACUUCGAAUCCAUAGGUAAGAAGAGGUUUGGGUUUCUAAUCGGAGAUGGAUUUGUGUAUUUCGCCAUUGUUGAUGAGGUUUUAGGGAAAUUCAGCGUUCUUAAGUUUCUAGAGCAUCUGAGAGACGAAUUUAAGAAAGCUGCGAGGAAAAACUGUAGUGGAAGUUUCACUGCGAUGAUUGGUUCUAUCAAUGUUGAAGACCAGCUUGUUCCUGUUGUGUCUAAACUCGUAGAUGCUCUCGAGCGUGUUAGCAACAACGAUUCGAAGAGUCUAAGUGUUAAUCUUGUUGAACAGAGCGAAGCUGUGAGUAUUUCCACUAAAGCACCGCUCUUGGGGAGGUCAAACAAGCAAGAGAAAAAGAAAGGGAAAGAUCAUGUGAUCUCAAUCAGAGGCUUUGAGCUUGAAGAACACAAGAAAUACAAUGAUAGAGGGAACAGAACCGUGCUCAGUGAUGAUUUAUCUGCAGCAGCAGCAGAAACGUCGUUGCACAAGGAGUGUGUACCGAGUAGAGGACGUUUUGAAUGGAAGUGGCGGCGCCUAGUUCAGGUUGUUCUUGCUAUUGAUGCAGUUAUCUGUUUGAUUCUCUUUGGUAUUUGGUUGGCUAUUUGUCAUGGCAUCAAAUGUACACGCUCAUGAUCUACAAAUCUGAUUCGGAUUGUGUGCACAGUCGAAGUUGAAUUGGUUCUUAUGCAGCAUUGUUGUUAGUAUGUGUGAAGACUAUGAGGCUCAAGUUUUUAUUUAGCUUAUGUAGUGCUUUAUAGUUAAAAAAAAAUAUGUACAGAUAUGUACAGUUGGAACUAUGAUCUUUGUUAUGUGGUCUUUGUGCUUUCACGAUAUGGUAGUGUCCAUCUUUAUAUGAUUAAA